UCAACCUCGGUAAUAAUACUUCCCCACUAGCCGUAAGAAGACUAGCGUAGGUAACUAGUUUUCUUCUUGCCGCAUUUCCCCCGAAUCCCGUGACAAUCUCGCCUUCAAGCAGAUUCCGACAUCUAAACCACCUUCCAUCUCAACCUCAAACAACCACUCUCUCGUCAAUCCCUAUUACACUAUUCUCAUAGGCAUCCAUCUCGCUCUGAAAUUAGCGACGUCUGCUCCGUCAUUUACCUUAUUCUGCCAUUUUGCAUAGCGCCGCGUGAUACCAACUUUUUGCUUCAAGCCCGCCUCUGCCGAUUCCCGGAUCUGGUCCCCUCCCUCGUUCGAUAACUACCUGCACCUUUUGACCGACCAGAUUCCGCUCAUUUGCGUGUGAUUUACAUAGCCAUAGGGUUGCGUGUUCGAUACCCCGGCGACGAGUUUAUGAAAUACAGAGUCCGUCCCGCAUUUUAGAAAGUAUCUAUUCCUGAUCGAAUCUCACUAGAAGGGUUCCAUUUUGCGUGUUAUUCCUUUCGGUUCUUUUCUUAAUGUCAUUUUCGGAACGGUAUACAGCAUAGUAUAAAAAUCAGUGACGAGAGAAACGAAAUACACACUUUAAAAGGAAAAGAGAGAGAGAGAGAUACAACCGUUGCUGGAGGGGAACGAGAAUGCGACCUCCACUGCGCUCCCGCCACCCUAGCCUGCUCCUCGCAGAUGCGAUCUUGUGCUCGCGCACUCGACUGCCAACGGUUGUCCGCGGGCAGUAUGGUGGCAUCAUUUGUGCGGACUGCAGGAGGAGUAUGACGGGUAGGCGGAGGGCCGGUUCUCCUUUGAUGGUUACCCCGCCCCAGGCACGGCGAUCUAGAAUAGGAUUGCCAAGGGAUAUCUCUCGGAGCGGUGGUCGACGACAGCAGCAGCAGUAUCAACAGCAGGUUAGAAUGAUCUCGAGCAGUCGGGCUGAUGCUGCUGAGGUUGUAAAUGGCGCGCCAAGCAUGUCUGCUGCGGAUGCGGGUAGACAUCAGCUUUACGGGCCAAUUCAGGAGUACGAGGCGCGCGUGCAGUCCGGGAGAUUGAGGGAUGAUGCGCAUCAGAGAGAUAUCAUCCAGCAUCUCCAAGACCUUCACGAGAUGCUCCGCUCCUACACUCCACCAACCGUAGUCCGCCCAACUAUAGAGUUCCUCGAAAACCCAGACCCGAGACCCUCAUUCUUCAACACACUAUUUGGCCGCACUCCGCCUCCACCAGCCACAACGCAGAUUCCCUCUAAUCUGCCCAAGGGAUUGUACAUGCACGGCGACGUAGGGUGUGGCAAAACUAUGUUGAUGGACCUAUUUUUCGACACGCUGCCGGAAAACGUCACCUCGCGGCAGCGCAUCCACUUUCAUAAUUUCAUGCAAGACGUGCAUAAGCGCCUGCACGUUAUGAAAAUGAAACAUGGAAAUGAAUUUGAUGCGGUGCCGUUUGUUGCGGCCGAUAUUGCGGAAGGGGCGAGUGUACUAUGCUUCGAUGAGUUUCAGUGUACAGAUGUGGCGGAUGCUAUGAUUUUGAGGAGACUCCUUGACUCCCUCAUGUCCCACGGCGUUGUUCUCGUCACAACCUCCAACCGCCACCCCGACGACCUGUACAAAAACGGCAUCCAACGAGAAUCCUUCAUCCCCUGCAUCACCCUUCUAAAAACAUCCCUAACAGUCCUGAAUCUCGACUCUGCCACGGACUACCGCAAAAUCCCGCGCCCACCGUCAGGCGUCUAUCACCACCCGCUCGGCAUGCCCGCCGAUCAUCACGCGGACAAAUGGUUCGAAUACCUAGGCGACUUUGCCAAUGACCCACCACACCGCGCCGUGCAUCAAGUGUGGGGGCGCGAUAUCGAGGUGCCGCUGGCAAGCGGCAAAGCUGCGCGAUUUACGUUUGACCAGCUGAUUGGGCGGGCAACGGGGGCGGCGGAUUAUCUUGAGCUGAUGCGGAGUUAUGAGGCAUUUAUUGUGACGGAUGUACCUGGGAUGACGAUUCGGCAGAGGGAUUUAGCAAGGCGUUUUAUCACCUUCAUCGAUGCGGUUUAUGAGAGUCGGGCAAAACUCGUCCUCACCACCGCUGUCCCGCUAUCCAAUCUGUUCCUUUCUGACGCGGAACUUAAAGAAUCUAUUGCUGAAAAUAACAAAUCAUCCGAAAACGGUACCAACAACCAGGAUGAAGUGCCUGAAAAUCUCUCAGACUCUAUGCGGCAUCUCAUGGAUGACCUGGGCAUGUCCAUGUCCGCGCUUAAAUCCAGCUCCAUCUUCAGUGGCGACGAGGAGCGCUUUGCCUUUGCACGAGCGCUGUCGCGGCUCGCCGAGAUGGAGGGGAAGGAUUGGGUGGAGCGCGGGUUGGGGAUUGGAAUGGAUACGAAGGCGGGGGAGGGGGAUAAAGCGGCGUGGGAUAAAGCGCGGAGUCGGUGGAGAGAGGAUAGUUUGUGAGUUUUAUUUUUUUUUUCUUUAUUAGGCUGGGAGGAUGUAUAUAGAAUAUGUCUGUAUGUAUGUAUGGCUUCCUAUUCUUCUUAUCCAUGCAUUUUUGGAGGGUGAUAUACCUAGAACGUUUAUUGUUUUGUUUAGCUAGAUACAAAUAUAUGUAUAUUUUCCGAAUGGGGGUGAGUUUUUUAUUCCGAGAUUGAUGAUGAUGACAACUAAAAUAAUACUCGAGAACUAAUUUUCAAAUAAUUGAAUGAUAGGGGAUUCCUAUUUUAUUAUCAUUC